ACCUUUGUUCCACUGCUGAUUGGUCGCAGGGAGUGAUGAUGUCACCGCCCGGGUUUCAGUCCCGCUGCUGGAGCAUCAAGCGCAGCAGAAGGAGAAGAGAGCCGCUCCAGAUGGAGUUGGCGCGCGCCGGGAUUGCGUCUCUGUCGGAGGGGGAAGGCUGCCGCGCGCUGCCUGGAUGAACUCACUCUGCUCCCAAACGCAGCGCAGCAUCCCGCCAUGGGGGACGGGGGCGCGACCCUCCACAACGGCACCGGAACCGAGGCGUCCGACGCGCAGGGCUCCGUCCCAGCCGCGUCCGAGCAGUGGACGGCGGGCAUGAGUCUGGUGAUGGCUUUGAUUGUGCUGUCCAUCGUUUUUGGGAAUAUCCUGGUGAUUGUGGCCAUAGCCAGGACGCAGAGGCUGCAGACCCUCACCAACGUGUUCAUCGUGUCUCUGGCCAGCGCAGACCUCAUCAUGGGCUUACUGGUUGUGCCGUUUGGCGCUGCGCUCGAGGUGCGCGGCUUGUGGCUGUACGGCUCCUUUUUCUGCGAGUUCUGGAUCUCCGUGGACGUCCUCUGCGUCACCGCCAGCAUAGAAACCCUGUGCGUAAUCGCCAUAGACAGGUACGUGGCCAUCACCUCACCUUUCCGCUACCAAAGCUUGUUAACCAAAGGUCGGGCCAAAGCGGUGGUGUGCGUGGUGUGGGCCAUCUCUGCGCUGGUCUCCUUCCUCCCCAUCCUCAUGCACUGGUCCCGCGACAGCACGGACACGGACUGCUACGAGAACCCCCAGUGCUGCGACUUUGUCACCAACAGAGCGUACGCCAUCUCCUCCUCCAUCAUCUCCUUCUACAUUCCGCUGGUGGUGAUGAUCUUCGUUUACGCGCGCGUGUACAGAGAGGCGAAAAAGCAGCUGAAGAAGAUCGACAAGUGCGAGGGCAGGUUUCACAACACCCUGACCGGCCUGACCUCCAAGUGCAAGAAGAGACCCUCAAAGAUCCUGGCGCUCAGGGAGCAGAAGGCACUGAAAACUCUGGGGAUCAUCAUGGGGACGUUCACUCUGUGCUGGCUGCCCUUCUUCAUAGUCAACGUCGUGCGCGUCUUUUGCGCGGAGCUGGUGGACAAGAACGUCUUCGUGUUCCUGAACUGGCUGGGUUACGUCAACUCCGCCUUUAACCCGAUUAUUUACUGCCGGAGUCCGGACUUCAGGAAGGCUUUCAAGAGGCUGCUGUGCUGCCCGAGGCAAGCCGACCGCAGGCUGCACAUCAGCUCCUGCGACCUGACGCGCUGCUCCGGCGGCUUCGUGUCCGCGCUGGAGCCCG